AUGUCUCAGAACUACUCUACCAACAACAGUCAAGAUGAGUCGGACAAUCAAAUUUAUAUUUAUGUAGGAGUAACGGUAGGGGUGUUGGUUGUACUGGCUUUACCAUUAUUGUACAUUUUCUAUUUACGUCGAAAGGGCGAUGAUAGAAAGUUUUUGUGUUUCAAGGCGAAAUCGAAUAAGAGAAAGAAGGUUGGAUCGGGUGAGGCUUGA